UGUGAAUUGAGAUCCGACGAUCGUCAUGGCAGACCUACAGCAGUAUAUAAAUCAAACUGUGGCGGUUCUGACCUCCGAUGGAAGAGUAAUUAUGGUGAGCAGAGCAGCACUUCAGAAUAAACCAUGCUUGGAACCAGAUGCCUAGCACUUCCUCGCACGUAUAGUCCUCUGGGUGUGUCACGGAUGAACGCUCUAAGUGAACAGGUUGCCCGAGGAUGAAUGGACGAUCCUGGGGUUAGACUUUCCUUACUUCUAUACGAUGCCGUUGGAACAGUCGCGACAGUUGCCAAUAAGGAUAUUCAGCUUACCCCAGAAUUUGCGAUACAGGGGACACUUAAAGGUUUUGAUCAAAUUACCAACGUAAUUCUAUCCGGUUCGUCGGAACGAGUAUUCGGUGAUGAGGGCGUGGAAGAAGUGCCACUUGGGUUGUACAUUAUACGGGGACAUAACGUUGCGGCAAUUGGACAGGUCGACACUGAGACGGAUGAAACAAUCGAUUGGCCAAGAGUAAAAGCACAACCUCUGCGUGCCAUCAAAGGAGGAGCCGGAGUAUAUUGAUAUUUAAAUAGGGGUUGUUAUAGCGUAGCUUAGGAGAGGGCAGGUAUUGCUGCAAUUCGAAAUCCGACGCGCUAGGGAAAUAGGUUCUCAACCAUGUAAAUAUGAUUAAUGUCGUGAUUGUGAAAAGCCCUGCGGCC